AUAUCCAUAAUCCAUAUCGGCGGACGAUAUUCUGUCAAAAUUUGUUAACAUUUGAAACUAUUUCUUCGACGAUUUCACAGAUUUUCUGCAUCCAAAAUGUCUUUUAUUCAAUUUGAAAGCGGUAGAGAGAAAGAUAGAGUGAGAGAGGAGUUGCGUGAGGCUAGAAACAAUUUGUUGAAACAGGCUGAGGAAAGGUCCAAACUCCGCGACGAGCGUAAAGUACAGAAAAUGUUGCGAGGAGACGAUCAGUGGAUGUUACCAUCCGUAUCUAAAAAAAUCGAAGCAAAUGAGAAGCAGCUCAAAAAAUCGUCGAAGAAGAAGAAAGAAAAGAAGAAAAAGCGAAGAAAGUCGUCCAGCACUUCAUCCUCAGAGGAAGAAAUAAAGAAGCAGAAGCGAAAGAAGUGUUUUUCGUCUGAAUCAUCGUCCAAAUCAUCAGAAAGCGAAAACGAGUGGAUCGAGAAGAAAUCGUCUCCCGUUCAAAAGCCAUUGGAAAGGGAAGACUGGAUGUCAGGCAUGUCGAUUUCGACAUUUUCCAACAAAGAGAAAGAAACGAAAAAGGUCGAGCACAAUGUCGCAUCGUACGAUCCGAAAACAAGCUCCAGAGAAUUGAAUCCUUUUUGGAAGGGUGGCGGAAACGGAAUGCCAACAUUUCAGAAACCGAAGAGUGAUUCAGACGAUGAUGAUAGAGGUCGCACCCACGUUAAUCGUCGACGAGAAACCAAUUAUCGGAGCAGUGGUUGGCGAAAACAUAGAGACGAUCCGAGUUCAUCGUCUAGACGUUCCGAUUCCAGGGAAAGAACAAGGCGACGUUCCGAAUCCAGAGAAAGAACAAGGAAACGUUCCGAAUCCAGGGAAAGAACAAGGAAACGUUCAAAUUCCAGAGACAGAUCGGAAAAACGACGGAGGUCCACAGAUAGAUCCAGGAAACGUUCAAGUUCAGCAGAUAGAUCCAGAAGGCAUUCGAAUUCCAGAGAGCGAUCCAGGGAAAAAGACGUGAGACGACCUAGACGUUCGAAAUCCCAGACACCAGAGAACGUCAUUAACCGUAAAACCGAUGCCAAACCUACUACGGCAGAGUCGAGCAAUGAAACAACCAACGACCAAAACGAAGCAAAACUAAGUCGAAUCGAUUUUCUUACCGAUCAGCAAAUGAAUGAACUGGGCGCCAAAAUCCUGAAAGCCGAAAUUCUCGGCAACGAUGAGCUAGCGAAAAACCUGAAAGAAAAAUUGGAAAAGGCCAGAGAAUAUCGCAAUGCAAAUAAGGGAGAAAUUAUAAAUAAAAUGAAGACGGCAAAGGAGGACCAUGCAGAAGAACAUAUCUUGCUCACCAAAACGAACAGCCAAGGCGUCGCAAAACCUUUAUCACGUCAAACUAAGGAGAGUGACCUGUGGGGCGGAAGGGCUGGUAGAAAGAAGAAUAAGAAAGCUGAGACACACGUUGGAGGCGAACGGGUUCGAUAUUUUGCUGACGAUGACAAAUACGACAUCAAACAAAUGUUCGAGAACGAAAAGUUCACUACUUCCGCAGACCAAGACGAGCAAUUCGCCAACAUUGCUGGCAAAAGUAAGAAUCCCAACGACGAUCUCGAAGAUAUUUUCGCUGACAAAGUUCGAAAGGACCUGUCGCAAUCAGAAAUCGAUGACCGAGAUAAGAUGAAGGCCAUUCGUCGGCACGAGGAGCUGAAACGUACAUUGGAUUCAUGUGACAAAUGCUUCGAAUCACCGAAAAUGGAAAAACAAUUAAUUGUUUCGAUGGGCGAUCAAGUCUAUCUCAGUCUACCUUGGCACGAAGGUUUACAAACCGGUCAUUGUAUGAUCGUGCCAAUGCAACAUGUACCAUGCUCGACGCAUUUAGACGAAGAUGUAUGGAACGAAGUGCAAGACUACCGGAAAGCAAUUACUCGAAUGUUUCAGUCGCGAAAACAGGAUGUCAUCUUCUUCGAAACGGUUCGCUAUUUGCACAAACAUCCGCACAUGGUCAUCCAUUGCGUUCCGAAUAGGGAUUUCGAAUUAGCGCCAUUCUACUUCAAAAAGGCCAUUCAAGAGUCGGAACGCGAAUGGUCGACCAAUAAACAACUUAUUCAGUUGAACGACAAAGAUAUUCGACGAUCUGUGCCGAAGGGGUUGCCGUAUUUCUGGGUGCAUUUCGGUAUGGACCAAGGAUUGGCCCAUGUCAUCGAGGAACAGGAUCGGUUCCCCAGCAAUUUUGCGCAGGAAACAAUUGGCGGACUUUUAAAUUUGGACGCGAGACUGUGGCGUCGACCUAGAAAGGAACCGAAUCCCAUACCCAAGGUGAAACAGUUUGCCGACUGGUGGAAGCCAUUUGAAAUCAAUAGGAACUAAUGAAUCAGCCAUGUCCAGUUGGCUCGAUGUAUACCUUACGGUUCGUUGCGACAAUUAAAUAAAAUUUGGUUGAGUCGGAGAAA